GCUCAUCUCAAAGACAUCAGUCCAAAAGGGUCGUUUCGACGUACAACUAAACUCGACGAAUUGAUUAUGAAUAAAAAGAAACUAAGUUUAAUAACCAACGUAGCGGGUUAUAAGUUUCCGGUAGUGGCUCCUCCUCAAGAACUCGCCGGAAAAAAUCAGAAACUGGCGGCGUGGACGAGCAUCCGACAAGAGAGGUGGGAAGGGGAGCUGACUGUUCAAGGAGACAUUCCUCUUUGGCUAAACGGGACGUACCUAAGAAAUGGACCCGGUUUAUGGCACCUAGAAGAUUAUAAUUUUCGUCACAUGUUCGAUGGUUACGCUACUCUAGUGCGCCUUCAAUUUGAAAAUGGUCGCAUCAUAAUGGGUCAUCGUCAGAUCGAAUCUGAAGCCUACAAAGCUGCUCAGAAGAACAAGAAACUGUGUUACCGAGAAUUCUCCGAGGUUCCAAAGACUGAGAGUUUCUUGUCCUAUAUAAGCGACUUAGCCAAUCUAUUAUCAGGUGCAUCACUAACGGAUAACUCUAAUACUGGAGUCGUGAAAUUGGGAGACGGGCGGGUAGUAUGUUUGACCGAGACGGUUAAAGGGUCGAUUGUAGUUAACCCUGAUACGUUGGACACAUUGGGAAAAUUUGAGUAUAGUGAUAAUUUAGGGGGGUUAAUUCACUCGGCCCAUCCUAUUGUCACGGAUUCGGAUUUUUGGACCUUGUUGCCCGAUUUGAUUAGUCCUGGUUACUUGGUUGUGCGAAUGGAUCCGGGUUCGAACGAGAGAAGGCUCAUAGGUCGAGUGGAUUGUCGAGGUGGACCUGCCCCGGGGUGGGUCCACUCGUUCCCUAUGACAGAACAUUAUAUAAUUGUGCCCGAAAUGCCCUUAAGGUAUUGUGCCCAAAAUUUGCUAAGGGCAGAGCCCACGCCUCUAUACAAGUUUGAGUGGCAUCCUGAGUCCAAAGGUUUCAUGCAUGUUAUGUGCAAGGCUAGUGGCAAAAUUGUGGCUAGUGUGGAGGUGCCAUUGUUCGUGACAUUUCACUUUAUCAAUGCAUAUGAAGAGACCGAUGGAGAUGGAAGGGUGACUAGUGUCGUGGCUGAUUGUUGCGAGCACAAUGCCGAUGCGUCCAUCUUGGAAAAGUUAUGUCUUAAGAAUCUAAGGUCGUCAUUGGGAAAAGACGUCUUACCCGAUGCAAGGGUUGGGAGAUUCACAAUACCUUUGGAUGGAAGUCCUUAUGGGACUCUUGAGGCAGCAUUAGAGCCAAAUGAGCAUGGAAGAGGAAUGGAUAUGUGUAGCAUAAACCCUAACUUUUUGGGGAAGAAAUAUAGAUAUACUUAUGCAUGUGGUGCCCAACGACCAUGCAACUUCCCAAAUACCAUUACCAAGAUUGAUCUUGUAAAUAAGAAGGCAAAGAAUUGGCAUGAUCCCGGUUCUAUUCCCUCGGAGCCAUUCUUCGUGCCUCGACCCGGCGCAACUGAGGAAGACGAUGGGGUUGUGAUCUCAAUGAUAAGUGACAAAAACGGGGAAGGCUAUGCUUUGAUAUUAGAUGGAUCGACAUUCGAAGAAAUUGCCAGAGCAAAGUUCCCUUAUGGCCUUCCAUAUGGACUCCAUGGGUGUUGGGUACCCAAGUAAAGAUUUCAUCUUCCUAAUGCAUCAAAUAAAUGUAGUGAUAUGUUGUUCUUAAAUUCCUUAUUAUUGAGAACAAUGUCAAUAUUAAUUGGUGGAGAUAUAAAUUUAGUGUGUGAGAAAAUUACAAAAAUGUGUAAUAUUAAGAAAU